AUGGUGCGUGGUAGAUCGGGUGCAGGGAGAGGAGGGAGAGUACGUGGCGGAGGCGGUAGGGGGGCAGGACGAGGUGGUGAGGGUGUCAAUGGAGAUGACAUCGAGCUCCACGCCCUCCCCAGAUCGGAGCAACGCCGUUAUCAAGCCAUUGUAACAGCUGCGGACGCUGCAAAGGUGUUGCAAGCGUCCGCCAAGGGUGGUGGGCGGGGUAGAGACAAGGCUUCAGGGGGUUCAUCCGCCGCAGGUACAUCUGCAGGGGUCGAGCAGGGGGCGGCGGAUGAUAACCACAAGGGUGGGGGGGUUGGGGGCGGCGGACCCAUGCCUCGGGAGGAGGUGGAGGCGGGGAAGGCGGAGGGAUUGCGGAAGGCGUGGGGGGAGGCAGCAGGGGGGGUUGUAACAGAAUGGUUUAGCAAUGCAUUCAUGGAAGAGUUGUCCGACCAAGUCAUGAGGGAGAGUGAGGGUGGGAAUGAUAUUUAUGUAAAGGGGGGAGGGGAGGAGCAUGUGGAUGAGGCAGAUGAGGAGGAGGAGGAGGAGGAGGAGGAGGAGGAGGAGGAGGAGGAGGAGGAGGAGGAGGAGGAGGAGGAGGAGGAGGAGGAGGAGGAGGAGGAGGAGGAGGAGGAUAAGAAGGUGACAAACUCAGAGGAAGAGAUGUACAAUGCUGAGGAUGAUGAGGUUGAGGAGGAUAGGGAAGAGGACUUUUCUGGAGUGGAAAAUGAGGAAGAGGGGGCCACAAAAACACUACGAGGUCUACAACGGGCUACAAAGGCGGAUGCGAAGGGGAAACGUGCUAUGGCCGACCAGGAACCUUCUAAGAAGCGUGGUGGCAGAUUGAGGCGGGGUCGCGGUGGGGGAAAGGUUGGAAGAGCGGGUGGGAGAGCGCGUGGAGGAGGGGGACGAGUUGCAAAGAGGGGGGCUGGUGGGAACGGAGGCGUGGGUUGUUCUCAGUCACGUCCACCACCCAAUGCUGCUCCUAUCGCGCCUGCGGCUGUGUACACGCUUGCGUUCAUUGCUUUGCCAUCAAAACACACGGCGAAGAAGAUCGCUGAGCGGAUUGAGGCAGUGUUGGUGGAAUGGGGGCUAGAAGAGAGGACCAUGGCGUUGACAACGGACAACGCCAGCUUGAACGUGGCGGCGAUGGAGAUCCUUAUGCGCGAGGGCCCGGCGGAGAUGCCCUGCUUGUUCAAGACCGGGAUGCACAUCCGGUGCCUUGCCCACGUUUUGAACUUGGCCAUUCAGUUGGCUUUGAAAAACGUGGAUGAAAUCAAGUUGCCACUCACCUUGCUCCGCGAGCUGGCGUCCUACAUCGGCUAUUCGCCACAAAGGACGACCCUCUUCGAGGCGGAGCAGGAGGUUUGGCGACCACGGAAGCAGUACAUGCGCCUGCGGCAAGACAAUGAAGUGCGCUGGGGUUCCACCCUGCAGAUGAUCUUGCGCGGGCUGGACCUGCGCGAUCCAAUUGAGUCCUACAUUCGGCACACAGUUGCCAAUGCUCCAAUUGAUGCGCCACCGCUGCGCCUCAUGGCGCUGCGCAUUUCUGCUGAGCAGUGGGACGCGCUUGAGGAACUUGCAAAGUUCCUCAUGCCCUUCAACGUUGUAACUUUGGCAGCGGAGGGGUCCCUGUACCCGACUGCGAGCCGGGUGGUGCCGCAGUACAAUGAGCUUAUGGAUUCGCUCGAGAAGAUCAGGGACAGCACCACCUCCCCUCCCUCCGUGAUCAUGCGGAAGUGCAUCGACGCUUCCUUGGGCAAGCUGCAGGAGUAUUACUACAGCAGCAGUGAUGAGCUGUGUGUCGCUACCUUCUUGGACCCGGCAUUCAAGCUCGGGUACUUUGAGCUCGAGGACGGGAGCAGCAACAUGGGCAGGGCGGUAUCUCACGUGCCCUCGGAGGAGGUACUGGCUCUUGUGCGUGCGAAGUGGCAGCCAUACAAGGAGAAGGUGCGGCGCGAGCGAGAGGCGGGUACUGGGAAGGGAAGAGGGGAGUUGAUGGUGGUGGGCUUGGGCGGGACUAGCAGCACAGCGGCUGGGGGGAGUGGCAGCUGCAGCGGGACGACUCGGGGGGGCCUGAACCUGUUGGGUGCUGAACGCGUGGAGGCAUGCAUGACCUUGAAGUUAUGGAUCGCUUCGUUCCCGGGCACCCCAUUGGGAAAGGCCGCCAAGGUGGCCAUGGUGGAUGACAAAGUGGGAGUGGACCUGGAUGAGGAGUUGUGA